AUGACUUCCGAUGAGUCCGAUGAUGAACCGCUAUCAGUUAUUGCGGCUAACAAGAAGCUACACCCCGAAGCCUUCAUUGAAAAAAUUGAAAUAUUGCCCAAUGCAAAAGUUAUAAAAAAGAAGAAAAAGAAACCAGCCCCUCCGAAGCGUUUACCUAUUACUAUAAAUAUCCAGAAGCCUGAUUUACCUCCAGUAAUAGAAAGGCCUGCGGAUGUUUGGCUUUAUUUAAAGGAUUUUAACCCUGCAGGACCUUACAGUUGCUUAUUAUGUCCAGAAUGGUUUAUAAAUAGGUCCAAAAUAAUUCUACACUAUUGUCUGAAUCAUAAAAAAGAUUUCUGUGGUAUUUGUAGGUACUUUGUGCAAGAUAGGGAAAGUUGGUGGAGUCAUAUGAAGUUCCAUACACCAUGGCCAUGUUCACAGUGCAUUGAAAACUUCCCCACUGAGCCUAUUUUACGUUUACAUCUUAAAACAGUUCACAAGCUUGUGCACUGCAGACUCUGCCAUUUUAGAGUUUCUGAUGGUGAGUUAUACAACUCACAUUUAUUUCAAAAACAUAAUGUAUCAAAUGUAGCAAAUAAGGAUGAUGAAAUUUUGUGGAAUUUUGAUGAUGAUGGAUCCUCUACCUUCUCAUGUGUACUAUGUUCAAAGACUGAUAAUGCUGUAAGAAUGUUUUUCAAUCACUAUAUGGGAUACCAUCAUUUCACCCUAAAGUGCUUCACAUCAAUUUUGGCUGGUAAAGAUGUACCAUUUGCGGUGCACGGAGCAGAUGUUAGAAGUGAAUUCAUUGAAGAACAAUUGAAACGUCAUCCUCGAUAUGGUUAUGUUGAUUUAGAGCUUAAAGUUGGCAAUUGCCUAGGAUCUGAUUCAAACGCUAACGAUUCUAAAGCGUUGCUCAAAGAACUGUUGCCAGAGGUCAAGCAAGAAAAUGUUAGUGGAGAUGAAGCAAAGGGUAAAACAGACAAAGAGUCGCAGCUUUUAGAGUUUGUGAAAACUUAUGAGGGUGAUGAAGACUAUGAUGUGACACUAACUGAAUUAAUUGUAUUUGAAAAAUGUUUCUUUGAUUAUAUCUCUCAAGAGUUGUCAGAUAUCAAAGCAAAUGUAGUUCAUGCACUUUCUGAUAUUGAUUAUGAGAAAUCAACAGCUGACCUAAAUAUGGAUAUAGUUUGUUCUCUAUGUAAUAUGGAGUACAACAAUGUGCAAGCAUUUGUUUCGCACAUGACCAAAAUGCAUUCUGUGAAAUAUAAGUCAGUUUAUUCAUGUAGGCUAUGUGCGGCAAUAUUCGAUAGCCAGAAUGAGCUUGACAAUCAUAUUGCCCGGGAGUUGCGUGAUUUUAAGAACCUUUGGCUUUGUCAGUUUUGUGAUAAGGAGUUUGAUGACCGCCAAGAAACUAGAAAACAUUUAUCAGAGCACUGGGAUUUGUUAGAAUAUGACAAUUGUUUUAGUCCACAUUUGGGCUUCAAGUGUAUGUAUUGCCCUACUUUGUUUUGGCAUGAAAAGGACAGAGAAACUCAUCAAGUUCGAGUGCAUCUUUCUAGGCACAGAGAAAGUUACUAUAAGUGUGAAGUAUGCAAUGAGGUGUCCAGCGAUAAGAUUUGGUUCAACUACCACUACUUAUCAAGUCACGCUACUGCAGAUAAAGUCCCUUUCUACCUCAUGAAGUGUUGUAUAUGUAGUUUGGUACUGUCAAAUGUGGACAAUAUGAGGGCUCACUUUAAAUCUGAACAUCCAGAAGCAAAAAAAUUGUAUUGCUCUUUAGAUUCUUGCAAAUUUAGACCAUUGAGUCACAGGAAGAGCUUCAAACUUCAUGUACGGUCUAUCCACAACCCUCGCCACCGUGUUGAACGCAACUUAGAAUGUACAGUGUGUGGCCGGGAGUUUACCAGCUCGCGAGCUGCAAGUGCACACAUGGCCCAGGCCCAUGGACCUGGCAAGUUCAAGUGUAAGUUGUGUGAAGAAGUCCUACACACUAUGGAUGAGAGAAAACUCCAUUACCUCAUAUGUCACCCUGGACAGCACCCAUUCGAGUGUACAGAGUGCGGCAAGUCCUUCCAGUAUAAGUCUUCAUUAUACAUGCACAAACAAGAACAUAUGCCUAAUAAACAGAAUUAUACUUGUACUUACUGUGGGAAGACUUUCUUGAAACGCGACUCGUUCCGCGAACACGUCCAAAUCCACGAAGGGCCCCGUCACGCUUGCUCGUACUGCCCGAUGCGGUUCGUACAGCGCUCGAACAUGUUACGUCACGAGCGACGUCACACGGGCGAGCGGCCCUACGCGUGUCCGCACUGUCCGCGCAGCUUUGCUGAUAAGGGAGCCUGCAACUCACAUACCAGAACCCAUUCAAGGGAUACUUCGUACGCGUGUAUGUACUGUGGGAAGACUUUUGUCCAGAAGUCUAAGCUGAAAUAUCAUAUAAGGAAGCACACGGGCGAGAAUUUAGAAACAUGCACAGUGUGUUCGAAGUUAUUUACAAGCGCCUGUUCAUUACGUGAGCAUAUGAAGACACAUACCGUUAAGACGAACACUGUCAAGUGUCCCUUGUGUGAGCGCAUGUACGCGGACGAGCGCUACAUGCUGCGGCACCUGCGCACGUCGCACACGCGCGCGCGUCACGCGUGCCCGCUGUGCGGCAAGAUGCUCACCAGCGCCGCCGGCCUCCGCCACCACGUCGUCACGCAUACUACACUCAAGGCGUUCAAGUGCAAAUUAUGUCCAAAGGCGUGCUCCGUGAAAAGAACGAUUUUGAAGCACUUCCGUAGACGACACGGUUUUAAAGGAAACGAACCUAAUGUGAAAGAAUUUUACACUAGACUGGAACCCAGAGAGUGCAACCUCGGCCUCGAUGAAGAUGUCAUGACCAGCAUAUUUGGUCCUCCAAAGAAACCUGCCAAUGAACUGCUAAUUGGAGACUACGUGACACUUGCUAAUUUUGACCAACAGAAGAAAGAUUUACAAGAGAGACAAACAGAAUCUAACCUAGACAUGGAUGAUGAUGAUGACGAAGAUGAUGAUGGGCAAAAUGAUGAUAAAUCAGAUUCCGAAGAUACAAGAGGCAGUGAGAAAGACAACAGGAAUUCUGACAGUGAUGCAGAGCAUGAUUUUAAGCGACAUAUUGUUAAAAUUGAAACUAAAGAUUAUAGUGAUCAGGGGGAAAAUGAUUUGGAGCCCACUGACUUUGUUAGUGUUAAAAUUGAGCCUAUGGAUGAUGAAGAUAUGGUUGAAAAUUAA